CCCGCGCCUGCCGGUGGGUCCCGGGCGACGCGCCCUCCACGCCUGCCCGCGCUCCCCGGGUUCCACUUUCACUUUCGGUCCCGGGCCGGCGAGGCAGGCGGCCGCGGCGAGAAGGGGAGCCGGGCCUCGGACCCCCAGAAUUUGAACAAGAAGAUGGUGCCUCUGCCCCUCAGAUGGCCACUUGCAAGCAUGUCGUUUCUACUUUUCUCACUACUGAUUCUCUUAGCUGUAUCAACCCCUUCAUGGUGUCAGGGCACUGAAGCUACAUCUCCAAAAGCUAGUAAUGGGGCACCAUUUCCUUGGAAUAAAUUGAGACUUCCUGAGCAUGUCAUCCCAGUUCACUAUGACCUCACGAUCCAUGCAAACCUCAGCACACUGACUUUGUGGGGAAACACAGAAAUAGAAGUCACCACCAGCCAGCCUACUAGUACCAUCAUCUUGCAUAGUCACCUCCUACAAAUAUCUAGGGCCACCCUCAGGAAAGGAGCUGGAGAGAAGCUGACAGAAGAACCACUGAGGGUCCUGGAAUAUCCCCCCCAUGAACAAGUCGCACUUCUGGCUCCGGAGCCACUUCUUGUUGGGGUCCCAUACACAGUUGUCAUCAACUACGCUGGCAAUCUCUCUGAGCACUUCCACGGAUUUUAUAAAAGCACCUACAGAACCAAAGAAGGAGAAGUGAGGGUACUUGCAUCAACACAGUUUGAACCGACUGCAGCUCGAAUGGCUUUUCCCUGCUUUGAUGAACCUGCUUUGAAAGCGAGUUUCUCAGUUAAAAUCAGAAGGGAGCCAAGGCACCUGGCCAUCUCCAACAUGCCGUUGGUGAAAUCUGUCACUAUUGCUGAAGGACUCAUUGAAGACCAUUUUGAUGUCACUGUGAAGAUGAGCACCUAUUUGGUGGCCUUCAUUAUUUCAGAUUUUAAGUCUGUCAGCAAGCUGACCAAGAGUGGAGUCAAGGUUUCUGUGUAUGCUGUGCCAGACAAGAUAUAUCAAGCAGAUUAUGCCCUGGAUGCCGCAGUAACCCUUCUGGAAUUUUAUGAGGAUUAUUUCAGCAUUCCAUACCCUUUACCCAAGCAAGAUCUUGCUGCAAUUCCUGACUUUCUCGGAGCUAUGGAAAACUGGGGCCUGACCACAUACAGGGAAUCCUCUCUGUUGUUUGAUGCAGAAAAGUCUUCAGCAUCCAGCAAACUUGGCAUCACAAUGACUGUGUCCCACGAACUUGCACACCAGUGGUUCGGGAACCUUGUCACUAUGGAAUGGUGGAAUGACCUUUGGCUUAAUGAGGGAUUUGCCAAGUUUAUGGAGUUUGUGUCUGUCAGUGUGACCCAUCCGGAACUGAAAGUUGAAGAUUAUUUCCUUGGCAAGUGUUUUAAUGCGAUGGAGGUUGAUGCAUUAAAUUCCUCACACCCUGUGUCCACACCUGUGGAGAAUCCUGCUCAGAUUCGAGAGAUGUUUGAUGAUGUUUCUUAUGAAAAGGGAGCUUGUAUUCUGCAUAUGUUAAGAGAUUAUCUGACUGCUGAUACAUUUAAAAGUGGAAUUGUGCACUAUCUCCAUAAGUAUAGCUAUAAAAACACAAAAAAUGAGGACCUCUGGAAUAGUAUGGCAACUAUUUGUCCCACAGAUAGUACACAAGGGACGGAUGGCUUUUGCUCUAGAAGUCAACACUUGUCUUCAACCUCACACUGGCAUCAGGAAGGUGUGGAUGUGAAAACCAUGAUGAACACCUGGACGCUGCAGAAGGGCUUUCCCCUGAUCACCAUCACAGUAAGAGGGAGGAACGUACACAUGAAGCAAGAACACUACAUGAAAGGGUCUGACAACGCCCCAGAAACUGGGCACCUAUGGCAUGUUCCAUUGACAUUCAUUACCAGCAAAUCAGACUCUGUCCAGAGAUUUUUGCUGAAGACAAAGACAGAUGUGCUCAUCCUUCCUGAAGCAGUGGAAUGGAUCAAAUUUAAUGUGGGAAUGAAUGGCUAUUACAUCGUGCAUUAUGAGGAUGAUGGAUGGGAUUCUUUGACUGGCCUUUUGAAAGGAACACAUACAGCAAUCAGCAGUAAUGAUCGGGCGAGUCUCAUUAACAAUGCAUUUCAGCUUGUCAGCAUUGGAAAGCUAUCAAUUGAAAAAGCCUUGGAUUUAAUCCUGUACUUGAAACAGGAAACUGAAAUUAUGCCUGUGUUUCAAGGACUGAAUGAGCUGAUACCUAUGUAUAAAUUAAUGGAGAAGAGAGAGAUGAAUGAAGUAGAAACUCAAUUCAAGGCCUUCCUCCUCAGGCUGCUGAGGGACCUCAUUGAUAAGCAGACAUGGGCGGACCAAGGCUCAGUCUCAGAGAGAGUGCUGCGGAGCCAGCUCCUCCUUCUUGCCUGUGUGCGCAAGUAUCAGCCCUGUGUGCAGAAGGCAGAAGACUAUUUCAAAAAGUGGAAGGAAUCCAAUGGAAAUAUGAGCCUGCCUGUUGAUGUGACCUUGGCAGUAUUUUCUGUGGGGGCCCAGAACACUGAAGGCUGGGAUUUUCUUUAUAGUAAAUAUCAGUCUUCUUUGUCCAGUACCGAGAAAAGCCAAAUUGAAUUUGCCCUCUGUACGAGCCAAAAUAAGGAAAAGCUUCAAUGGCUACUAGAUCAAAGUUUUAAGGGAGAUAUAAUAAAAACUCAAGAGUUUCCAUAUAUUCUUACACUCAUUGGCAAAAACCCAGUGGGAUAUCCUUUGGCCUGGCAGUUUCUGAAGGAAAAUUGGAAUAAACUUGUACAAAAAUUUGAACUUGGCUCAGCUACCAUAGCCCACAUGGUAACGGGAACAACAAAUCAAUUCUCCACCCAAACACGUCUUGAAGAGGUAAAAGGAUUCUUCAGCUCUUUGAAAGAAAAUGGUUCUCAGCUCCGCUGUGUUCAACAAACAAUUGAAACCAUUGAAGAAAACAUACGUUGGAUGGAUAAGAAUUUUGAUAAAAUCAGACUGUGGCUGCAAAGUGAAAAGCUUGCACUGCUGUAAUAAUUUGUUUCUUGCCAAGUUCCUAUGAUCUAUAACAUCCAGAAUUUUGUUCAAUGUGAAUAUUUCCAAACCAGAGAUAGUUGUUUUGGCUCUAGCUGGAGAUACUUCCAUUUAUUCAUUUGACCAUAUCUGAAUGAUUUAGAAAUUUCUAAGUUUUUUUUUUUCUUGCUGGAGAUUGAACCCAUGGCCCAUACAAAGCAGACACUUCACCACUCUGAGCUACAUCCCUAGCCCUUUCAUUUGACCAUUUAUGUGAAAGGUUGGCUAUUAGUUUUUGCAUAAAUGGCUAUUGCUGCCAUGUAUUUCAUUGGCAGCAUUGCCCUGCAAUGUGAAUUCAAGUAGUGGGUUCCCUGUUACAGAGAAGUAUCUUAUUCUUCUCAAACCCCUGUGCUACUUGUGUCAUUCAUAAACUGCUUCAUCAAUAUCUCUGUAAGACUCUCAGUAGUGAAUAAUAUUGAACAAUGAACACUGGAACAAUAACUAAGAUGGAAAGUGGCUCCCUCUGAUGUCUCCAGAGCUGCAUCCAUCCUCUCUUUCUGGCUUCAUGUCUAGGUGCUGAUUUACAGGGUCCAUCAUCAAGCUUCCUUUAUGGGCUGGUGGAGUGGUGCAAGCAGUUGAGUACCUGCUUAGUAAGUGUGAGGCCCUGAGUUCAAACCCCAGUGCCACAAAAAAAAAACAAAAAAACAAAAAAACAAAAAAAAACCUUGACUAUCAAGCUUCCUUUAUGUCUGGAUUUUGGUUCAGAGACAGAGGAGUUUGGAACUGGGGUUGGAGGAGGAAGUAGGAAGUAUUUAUUUCCUUGUUCCCUUGCAGGUUGCCUCACACUCGUCUCUACCAAAGUUCUUAGCUCCUGAGAGGAGGCCCUUUUUCUCACAUAGUCUUUUCCAUCUCUGGGCUGGGUUAACUGCUUCCUCCUCUCAUUCCUUCAGGACUAAGCCACAGUGGGAGCCUAGGGGAACUAGUCCUGACGGCACUCGUGAUCUUCAUAUGCCUUGCCUGCACCUUUGUAAAAAAAUUCUUGCAUAGUGCCUUCCUUCGAUAAAUGUGUCACAUUUCCUCAGGGGCCCUGACUGACAGAGUCCCUUCUGAAAAGCAUCAGCUGUUCAGGUUUAUAUAGUAAAAACCUUUCAUCUAAAGUUGUAUUGGAGAGGUAUUGAUCUUUAAGUUAGGCAGGUGAUGUUUUCUUUCUUGGCUCCUCAUUCGGCCUAAUUUUUAGUUAGUAACUCAUUAUUGGCACUCAUUGGCAAUCAAUCAUUGCAGAGUCACUAAUAAAUGGUAUUAUGAAAUGUUAUAAUUUAUUAUCCUUGUAUUAUGCUAAGUGAUACUUUGUUUUCAAUUGAAGUCUUAUAUAUGAAUUGUUGAAUAUUUGGCAUAACUUUCAAGAUAAAGGAAAAUGAUUAAUAUGGAAAAUGUCAAAAUGUAUUGCUUUAAUUCUGUACAGAAUAGUCUCACUUUUUAGACAUAAAUCUUGUGCUAGUAAGCCUUUCAUUGCUGUGACAAAAUACUUGAGAAAACUGAGUUAAAGAGGAAAUACUUAUUUUGGCUCAAGGUUUCAUAAGUUUCAGUCUCAGGUGGGCUGGCUCCAUUGUUAUGGGCUUGUGGUGAGGCAGAACAUCAUGACUGUGGGAGCACAUGACAGAGGAGGCAGCCCAACUCAUGGUGGAUGGGAAGCAGAGAGAGAGAAAGAGAUUAAAGUCACACCCCCAAUGAUCCACUUUCUCUAAGACCUACCCCAUCAGUUACGAACUCAUCAGUGGAUCAGUCCAUCAAGGCUAGUGCUCACGAUUCAAUCGCCUCUCCAUGCCUCCGCCAACUGCAAACAGAGCCUUCAACACACGAGCCUUUGGGGCACGUCAUAUCCAAGCCAUGACAAAUGCUUCUACAGUUCUGGUUUUAUUCCUGUUACAUGGCUGAUGGUUUGAUAAUGAAAACCAAUUACUGGUAAUUUCUUCCCCAGGAUACUUUACUUCUUUAAAAAAAGCACACACAGAGCCAAGAUUUUAAUGGAAAAUAUUUUGCUUUAAUUGUAUCUUAUAUCUUGAUUAAUGAAAUACAGAAACAUUGAUUUUCAGUUUUGGUCACCUAUCUUCAUUACUUUUGGAAAAGCCCAUGUUCUAGACACAUACAAUAUUAUAAUGUGCAUAACUGUUUGGUAAUAAAAAUUGUCUUUACUUUUAAGCAGAUAUUUGUGUUAUUUUCUCCUGACUAGUUUUUUUUUUAAAGGACUCUAGAUCCUGUAGCUUACUCAAGUCAUUUUGAGUUACUUGCAAACAUCCAAGUCUUGAAGAUAUUUCUAAUAAGAGGCAUAUUCCAAGUACCUUAAAUGAAUGAGGCAUUCUUAAAUCUCUCAGUUUUUAAGAGUACUUCUCUGUAUGCAUGGAACUUAGAACUGCAGCUACACCCUUGCAAAUACAUCUGUCAGCAUCAAAGGUAUCAGUACUGUUACAAACAAAACAAAAAGGGCAAAUCCCCAUCCUGCCCAAAUAGGAAGAUGAAAUAUAUAACUAAAAUCCCUCAGGAAACGUGGUUUUUCUUUUCUUGUUGGUGCCUUAAAGAUAGAAUAAUGAUUGUCUCCUUGAUGGGACAGAGACUUAGUAUUUUAAGGUAGAAUUUGAAACCUAGUAAGUAUGUGCCUGACUUGUAGACAGCAUUUUAGGGAUGAUUAACAAAAUUUGAUGCCUACCAUAAGCAGUAUUAUUAUUUUUGCUU